GUACGCCUAGUUGCUAACAACAAUGCUUAAAUAUGUGUUUACGUGCCUUUCAAUGAGUAGCUAGAAGAAGCUAAAGAUUUUCCAAUGCGGUGGUUUGGCUUUGGCUUCAACGCGUUUGGGCAGAUAUUCAACCAUGAAAACUCAAGUAAAGAAGAGCGUAGCGACCCUGUGAAGUACGUUAAAGUGAGUAGCCCGAAAGAGCUAACUACGAACACUGACUGCUGCUUAAAACCUGUGGUUCAGAUUAAAGCCAGCUGGAGUCGAAGAGUAUCUUUACAUUUGAGUGGAAACAGCUGUGUGAGUUUGGCAGGUUUCGGUGCAGUCCUCUCCAAUGACUCCUGUGUUAAAAACAGUCGUGGCUGUUCAGAUGCCUUCAUCAGUGAAUCGUACCUGACCCUCACUUUCCCGGACAGAGUUGAGUCCUGGGAUCUGCAGAGGGAGGGAGAGAAGACCCCAGCAUGGAGCAUGGACACCAAAUCACCCUCUGAGACCUCUGAACCUUUGACUCUCCCAUUGGUGCCUGGGGGUUACAUAGCCAUGAAACCACCUUUCUACCAUACCCUAUCACCUCAUCUAAAAGCCAAGAGUCUGUCACUGAGUGCAGAGCAUGCCAUCCUCCUCACUGCCUCUGGAGCUGUAUACACGUGGGGACUGGGCAGCCAUGGACAGCUGGGGCAUGGAUGUCUUACCUCUGAGGAGGAGCCCAGGGCAGUGGAGGCUCUCUGGGGGAUGCCCAUGAGCAGUAUAGCUUCAGGAGGCUGGCACUCUGUUUGCAUCAGUGAUGGAGGUGACCUUUAUGUGUGGGGCUGGAAUGAAAGCGGCCAGCUUGGACUUCCAUCACAAGGUUUAAGAAAAACUCAGUUGCAGAAAAUGAGCCAUCAAGCUGAAUCUGGAGCUCUAUGCCAAGUUGCCAACCCACCUUCUGCUGAAGAUUUGCAAGAGGAAGAGAAACAUGAUGAGGUAUUCAUAUCGAUCCAGGCGUUCCCAGCUCUGCUGGAUGUCACUCCAUCAUGUGAAAUAAGGAAAGUCAGCUGUGGCUGUCGACAUACAGCUGCUGUGACAACCAACGGUGACCUCUACACAUGGGGCUGGGGCGACUACGGCCAACUUGGACUUCAGCAUUUAGUUAGUGUUGAUGAGCCGCAGCACGUGGAGUUCUUCAGGGAGCAGCACAUGCAUGUGACUGAUGUUGUGUGUGGGGAGUGGAACACUUUUGCUGCUGUUGUCAAGGAGGAAGAAGGAGCUUGCACCUAAAAUUAUUAGCCCGUGGACUUUGGACAAAAUAUCUGGAAGUGUAAAUUAUGUCAACAAAUAGAAUGCUUUGAAUUAAAUUUAUUUUGUACAAAUAGGAAGUUUUUCAUUCUUUUGUUACAAAAAAAAAAAGAAAACUUGUUAAAUUGGUAGUUUUAGAUGCAUUUUAAUUGUCUUUUAAGAAAUUAAAAAAUAACAGUUCAUAUAUUUCACAAACAGUACAUAAAAACGGUGAGGCAGUAAAUGUAAAUAUAAUUUAAGGCAAACAUCUAAAAUUGUUCUACUUGCAAUUAAACACCAUAAGAUUUAAAAAGUGGUGGGUCUCCACAUCCUGUUAGGUCUUCACAGCACAAUCUUAAAAGAACUG